UCUGUCUGUCUGUCUGUCUGUCUGUCUGUCCCAGCGGCCGCCGGGCCGGGGAGCGCAGGCCGGGCCGGGCCGGGCCGGGCCGGGCCGGGGCGGGGCCGCCGCCUCCGCCGUUCGCAGCGCGGCUGACGUGGCCGGGGCGCGGGGCGGACAUGGCGGACGGCAGCAGGCAGAGCAGGCUGGCGGCGGCCAAGAAGAAGCUGAAGGAAUAUCAGCAGAAGAAUAACCCUGGAGCAACUGCAGGAACCAAGAAAAAACGCAAGACUAAAGAAGACAGUAGACCUGAGACACCCCCCAGCAAUGACCUGCAGCCUCCAGAGAACAUUCAGAACAUUCUGAAGGUGCUGGUGUCAGACCUUAACCGCUCCAAUGGGGUAGCCAUACCCUCAUUGGACAAGAGGAAGGCAUACUUUGACAGUGAUGUUGCCACUCGUAGUGCUGAACAGCUUGCUCCUGAUGUCCCUGUGCUAUCUAACAGCAACAGCCUCCCUGCUUGUGGUUCUGUUCUGCCUGCUCCUGAGAGCAUGCAGCUGACACAGAUUCAUGAAACUGAGGAUCAUAAAAAUGCUGUGGAUGAGAACAGGUCUUUCUCAUCAACAGAAGGUCUCCGCCAGUUGUCUGAACAACUCAAUGGCCUGGUUUCUCAGUCCACAUCGUAUGUGAAUGGGGAAAGUGCUGUUUCUUCCACAAAUAUUAAGGAAAUGGAAACACGUUACCAGGAGCUGGCAGUAGCCCUGGAUUCCAGCAAUCUAACUAACAAACAGCUCGUUACAAAGAUAGAGGAACUGAAGCAGCAACAACAAGAAGCAGUGAAUCAGCUGGAGAAGGAAAAGAAGGAGUUUGAACAGAAAUUUUCUAAAGAGCAGGCAGCACUGAGGGAACAGCUACAGGUUCAUAUCCAGACCAUCGGGAUUCUGGUUUCUGAGAAGUCUGAGUUGCAGACAGUCCUUGGACACACUCAGCAAGCAGCUCGGCAGAAAUCAGGAGAAGCUGAAAACCUGGCUGCUCGUUUACAUUCAUCUCGCCAGAGGGUGUCUGAGCUGGAACGCACUUUGUCCUCCAUCUCUAUGCAGCAGAAACAGUCAGAGAAGCAUAAUAAAGAAUUAGUGAAGGAGCGAGACGACCUGAAACUGGAGCUGUACAAACAAAGCAAAAGUAGUGAGGAAAUAAAGCAGCAGAAUUCAGAGCUGUCAGAGAAAGUUCACUCCCUGGUUUCCAAGAACUCAGCUAUGAAGUUGGAUAUGGAAGAUUUGCAUAAGAAACUGGAAAUGGCUGAGCUGAUGAUUCAACAGUUCUCAAAUCAGACAGGGAGUCUGGAUGCAAACCAGCAGUUGCAGAUGGCACUGGAGGAGAAGGCCAGCCUGGAAACCCAGAUUGCUCAGCUCUCUGAGUCACUUCACCAGCUCCAGGCAGAAAGAGAUCAGUAUGUGGAGAAGCUGAAGGAGGAGCGGAGCGUUUGGCAGCAGCGGGUGGAGCAGCUCUCUGAGCAGGUCCACACCACGGCAGAGGAGAAGGAGAAGCACGUGGCCCACAUUCAGGAGCUGGAAGCCAAUAUUACAGAGCUGUUGAGCAAAUCAGCAGUUAAGCCGAUGGAUACUGAGCCUUCCUCACCAGCAGGGCCCUCAGCAGCCGAGCUGAGCCUGCAGGAGGAGAUCCAGAGGCUGCAGCAAGAGAAGGAGGAACUGCAUGGGCAGUACCAGGCCCAGGUCCGGGACAACCAGCAGCUGAGCCACCUCAACCAGGAGCAGGAGGAGCGGCUGCUGGAGCUGGAGAAGACCGUGCAGCGCUACAGCGAGGAGGCUGUGGACAGGCAGCAGAUCCUGGAGGACAUGCAGAGUGACAAGGCCACCAUCAGCAGGGCACUGAGCCAGAAUCGGGAGCUGAAGGAGCAGCUGGCUGAGCUGCAGAAUGGGUUUGUCAAGCUGACAAAUGAAAACAUGGAGGUUACAAGUGCCCUGCAGUCAGAGCAACAUGUAAAGAAAGAGCUGGCCAAGAAGCUUGGGCAGCUGCAGGAGAAGCUGGGGGAGCUCACGGAGACGCUGGAACUGAAGACACAGGAGGCUCGGGGGCUGCAGGAGCAGAGGGACCAGUACUACAGCCACCUGCAGCAGUACCUGCUGGCCUACCAGCAGCUGGCUGCCGAGAGGGAGGAGCUGCACAAGCAGUACUUGCUCCAGACACAGCUUAUGGAUCGGCUGCAGCACGAGGAGGUGCAGGGGAAGGUGACAGUGGAAAUGCACCUGAAAGAGCUGCAGCAGACCAAGGAAAACCUGGAAGCUGUAGCUAAGGAGAACCAAGAGCUGCAGGCUCAGAUCAGUCAGUUGGCAGCAGACCUGGAUGGCAGGAUUUUGCACCGACUAGAGGGAGAUGGAGUUGAAAGUGAAGCAAUGACUGAAGAAAUCCAAACACCUUCAUUUGUGAUCCCAGAGAAGUUUGAGAGCCAUGAAGAAAUGGUCGCUUUCUUGACAUCUGCCAUGUCCCAAGUGGAGAAGGAGCGAGAAGACAUGAGGCAGCAGCUGGCAGCUCAGAAGCAGCAGUGCAGGAGCCUCCUGAACCAAAUAGCAGCUCUUCAGCAGCAGCAGAACGUCACACUGGGUGGAGGUUCCACCAUGGAUACUGUCCCAGUGGAGGUUCAUGAGGCUUUGAAAACUGCCAUGGAGAAACUACAGUCCCGUUUCACAGACCUGAUGCGCGAGAAAGCGGAUCUGAAGGAGCGGCUGGAGGAGCUGGAGCAUCGCUGCAUCCAGCUGUCUGGGGAAACAGACACCAUUGGGGAGUACAUUGCAUUAUACCAGAGUCAAAGGGCUAUCCUCAAACAGAGACACCAGGAGAAGGAGGAGUACAUCAGCAGAUUGGCUCAGGAUAAGGAAGAGAUGAAGAUGAAACUACUGGAACUGCAGGAUUUAGUCAUGCGUCUGGUGAGGGAAAGAAACGAAUGGUACAGCAAGUAUGUAGCAGCUGCUCAGAGCCCAGAGCUGGCAGCCAGCCAGGCUGAAAGUGUCCUUCCUGUGGAGAGGCACAUGGAGCUGAACGCCACUGAUGGAGAAGGAUUACGAGAAGUGAAUCUAUCAGAGGAAGUAGAGGAAGAGGCUCCUGUUCUUCACCAAUCCAGUUUCCCCCCAGCUGGCAGGAAAGCUGCUCAGCCAAGCCAGGAGGACCCCACAGCAAAGCAAAUAAUGCAGCUUCUCAGAGAAAUCCAGAACCCUCAGGAGAGGCUGGGAUCCCUGCUGGAAAACCCCUGCAUUCCCUUCUUCUACCGUGCUGAUGAGAACGAUGAGGUCAAAAUCAUGGUAGUUUAAGUGGUGCUCAAGUCUUAUUGACAGCAAUUUUCUGUGAGCCUGAAAGGACUUAACUGACUUGGUGUGCCCAUACCUCUGCUGAGUACCCUUGGUCAGAACAGUUACCUACCUGAAAGACAUCAGGAAAGAGGGAUUGCAUCAGCCAAUUGGAGCAUCAGACCUCAUCUUCCCCUUCUUUUUCUUCUGUUACUUGGUGUGCUUGGAGCACAGGCAGCCUCCAACUAACCCGGGGAGGGAGCAGGGGCUGGUGCUUCACCUGGGGCAGGAGAUGCUGUGACUUUGGGCAAAAUGACUGAAGCCCUUGUCCCAGCCCCUCCUGCCAGCACCACAGCAGGGACUGAGCAGCAGUUCUGAUCACAACUGUGAGCAGCCUAGUUCCUUCCAGGCCUCCCAAAGUAACUAACUUAUUCUGGUAACAAGCUCUUUGGACUCUUAACAGGUUGGGUUUGUUUCAUACUAGGUUAUCUUCCCACUUUCUUCUGCAGCCUGCCUCUUGCAACUGUAUCUGAAACAGCCCUGACCAGCCAAAAGUUGCAGCACUACAUACAGUUCCCUGUGCUCUGGGUGCUGGGGAAGGGACCCAGGGUUGCCUUUAGAGUCUUUUUUUGGUUACUUGACAAAGCUUUAUGUGGGGUGGGGUGGAAACAUUUCUGCACUUUGAAGGACGUGUUUGACUUGUAUGUGUCUGAAGGUUUUAUUUAUUUAAAAAAAUGGGAGAAAUAAGUAAAAGGAAACCACUUAAUAAACAUGCUUUGUUUUGAA